GGUCGCUGCUGCUGGACAGAUCCAAACGUGCGCUGAACUUCUAUGGAUACUUCAAAGUAGCUAGAAUUUUACAAAACGGAUUUAGAACACUGCAGAGGAAUGGAAGAAUGAUGGCAUGGCUGUAAAUAUGGGCCACUGGGCAGGCAUGCAGACCGUUCUUAUUUGCCUGGCCCUCCUGCUCCUCCAGCUUCUGUCCUGUUGUUGCCAAGGCCUGCAGGAGCCUGGAGCCGUACCCCGCUUCCUUUUCACACAUUCGCUCUACAAUGCCACUGUUUACGAGAACUCCGCUGCACGAACCUACGCCAACAGUAAAGUUAAAAUGGGGAUUACUCUAGUUCACCGCUCAUGGGAUAUCAAAUACAGGAUUACUUCAGGAGACGAGGAGGGAUUCUUCAAAGCCGAGGAGUAUGUUCUGGGAGACUUCUGCUUUUUGCGCAUUAGGACUAAAGGUGGGAAUUCGGCUAUCUUGAAUCGGGAAAUCCAGGAUCAUUACGUGCUGACUGUGAAGGCAUCUGUGAAGGGGGAUGUCUUGGAAACGUGGACUAAAGUCAACAUACAGGUGCUGGACAUGAACGACUUGCGGCCCUUGUUUUCUCCCACAACCUACUCCGUCACCAUUCCGGAGAGCACCCCGCUAAGGACUAGCAUAGCACAAGUCACGGCCACUGAUGCAGACAUCGGCUCCAAUGGGGAGUUCUAUUACUUCUUCAAGGAGAAGGUGGAGCUCUUCACUGUACACCCCACCAGCGGGGUGAUCUCCCUCAGUGGCAAGCUGAACACUGACGAGCAGAGCAGGUACGACUUGGAGAUCCUGGCUGUUGACCGGGGAAUGAAGCUGUAUGGGAGCAAUGGGGUUAGCAGCACAGCCAAGCUCUUUGUCCAUGUAGAGCGAAUCAAUGAGCACACGCCAGUCCUCAGCGUGGUCACGCAUGUCCCCUCCUCCCUGGAUAAAGAUCCCAUCUAUGCUGUGGUUACCGUCGAGGACCUGGAUGAUGGGUUAAACGGAGAAAUAGAAUCAGUUUCCAUUGUAGCUGGGGACCCUUUAGAACAGUUCACCCUUGAUAGAUCAGCGGUAGGUAAUGAGUUCAAGAUAAAGGCAACAGAGCCGAUAGAUUGGGAUAAUUACCCACAUGGCUUUAACCUUACCCUCCAGGCUAAGGACAGGGGCUCCCCUCAGAAAUUUUCAGCAGUGAAGGUGGUGCAUUUACUGGUGAAAAGGCCUCAGCCUGUGGAAGUGAAGUUUGAAAAGGAAGUGUAUGAAAUUAUGCUAAAUGAGAUUUCUCCUCCUGGCACCAUUGUAGAGGCUGUGAAAAUUUCCCCUGAACCCGAUGAUGCAGAGUACAUUCUCAGCCCUACAGAAGACUCUGCAUAUUUCAAGAUGAACACCUUGACUGGCGUUAUCACUACAGCCCGUCAGUUUACCAUGGUGAAUCAGGAGAUGUUUGAGCUUGAGGUAGUCGAGGUAGACAGUGAGCUGAGAGCAAAAGUGAGAGUCACUAUAGUGGACGCUAAUGACAACACCCCUACAUUUGCUCAGUCUGCCUAUGAAGUGUUUGUCAAUGAGAGCAUUCCCAUUGGAACUAAUGUUCUCACAGUGUCUGCCGUAGAUAAUGACAAGGGAGAGAAUGGAUACAUAACCUACAGCAUUGCCAGCCUCCAGUCUCUACCAUUCAAAAUAAACCAGUUUUCUGGUGUCAUAAGUACAACGAAAGAGCUUGACUUUGAAUCCUCAUCAGAGAGUUAUGUGUUCGUAGUCAGGGCCUCAGACUGGGGUGCGCCUUACAGGCGUGAGAACGAAGUCAACGUCACGGUUCACUUGGAGAAUGUGAAUGACAACCAGCCCUUGUUUGAGAAAAUAGCCUGUCAAGGGGUGAUCUCUCGUGAUUUCCCCAUCGGCGAGGUGAUCACCACCAUGUCAGCCAUAGACAUAGAUGAGCUGGAGCUGGUAAAGUAUAAGAUCCUCUCUGGAAAUGAAAGAGGCUUCUUCGAUCUGAACCCAGACUCAGGGGUCCUGUCUCUGCGGAGGUCUCUCGUAACUGCCAAUCCCAAAAAUGGAGUCUUCAGUUUGAAAAUAACUGCCACUGAUGGAGAGAACUUCUCAGAUCCCAUGUUUGUUAAUGUUUCCGUUGUGCACGGAAAAACCCCUUCUAAGAGCUUCAAUUGCAAAGAGACCAGAGUAGCUCAAAAGCUGGCAGAAAAGCUGCUCAAAAAGGCCAAAGCUAACAGCAAGCCCAAAGUCGAGGAAGGGUUUAUUGAUCUGUUUUCUGUCAAUAGACAGACACCACAGUUUGAUAAGUCCUUUCCCUCUGACAUAUCAGUGCGUGAGGAUCUCAAGGUUGGUGCAAGUGUCUUCAAGGUGAAAGCCUACGAUGGGGACACAGGUUUCAAUGGUCAGAUUGUAUAUGCCAUUGCCGACGGCAACAAAGACAGCUGUUUCAACAUUGACAUGGAAAGUGGUCUGAUAACCGUGUACCUGCCAAUGGACCGUGAAAAAAAUGAUCGGUAUCUUCUGAAUAUCACCAUCUGUGAUUUAGGCCAGCCACAGAAAUCCACGUGGCGACUGCUGACAGUGUAUGUUGAGGAUGCCAAUGACAAUGCACCACAGUUUCUGCAGGAUAGCUACAGAAGUGUUAUCCCAGAAAACACAGCCAUUGGCACAGAAGUGAUUCAGGUAGAAGCCACGGACAAAGACCUGGGACCUAACGGUGAGAUAUACUACACUGUACUGACAAGCACAACUCAGUUUGGGAUCAACAGCACAAAUGGAAUUGUCUAUGUUGCUGGCCAGCUUGACCGUGAGUUCAUCUCAACUUUUACCCUCAAAAUUGAGGCUCGUGACAAGGCAGAAAAAGGGAACCAGAAGUUCUCUGUGACCACGCUGAGAAUAUCUCUGGAGGACGUCAAUGACUGUGCCCCUGCCUUCAUCCCCAGUUACUACAAUGCUCGCGCCCUGGAGGACCUACCUGUGGGCACUGUCAUAGCUUGGCUGGAAACCCAGGACCCUGAUCUGGGCCUGGGUGGCCAAGUCAGAUACUCCCUGGCCAAUGAUUACAAUGGGAAGUUUGAAGUUGAUAAAGCCAGUGGAGUGAUUAGGUUGACCAAAGAACUGGAUUAUGAGAAGCAGCAGUCCUACAACCUGACAGUUCGUGCUAAGGACAAAGGACGGCCUGUCUCCCUCCUUUCUGUUUCCUUUGUGGAGGUGGAAGUAAUAGAUGUGAAUGAGAACCUGUAUGCCCCCUACUUUUCUGACUUUGCUCUGACUGGAUCAGUGAAAGAGAAUGCCCGCAUAGGGACCAGUGUGCUCCAGGUUUCUGCCAGAGACGAUGACACCGGUAGAGACGGAGACAUCCAGUACUCUAUACGUGAUGGGAGCGGGCUGGGAAGGUUCUCCAUUGAUGAAGAAACAGGUAUCAUCUACACCACAGACAUGCUGGACCGCGAGACCAAGGAGUCCUACUGGCUGACGGUCUACGCCACUGACCGUGGUGUGGUGCCCCUGUACACGGCCAUCGAGAUCUACAUCCAGGUGGAGGAUGUCAAUGACAACGCACCGCUGACCUCCGAGCCCAUCUACCAUCCAUCCGUCAUGGAGAACUCGCCCAAGGACGUGUCUGUCAUCCAGAUCCAGGCCCAGGACCCGGACGCCACCCCGCAUGGGGAGCGGCUCUCCUACCGCAUCUCCAGCGGGAACCCCCAGAACUUCUUCGCCAUCAACUCCAAAACAGGUCUAAUAACCACAACCUCAAGGAAGCUGGACCGUGAACAGCAGGCGGAGCAUGUUUUGGAGGUGACAGUGAUGGAUGGCGGGCCGUCCCCCAGGCAGUCCACAGUCUGGGUGAUGGUGCAUGUCCUGGAUGAGAAUGACAAUAAGCCGCAGUUUCCAGAGAAGGUCUACCAGGUCAAGCUGCCCGAGAGGGACCGCAAGAAGAAAGGGGACCCCAUCUACAGGGUGUUCGCCUACGAUAAGGACGAAGGGCCCAAUGCCGACCUCUCCUACAGUAUUGUGGAUGGAAAUGAUGAUGGAAAAUUCUUUAUCGACCCGAAAACCGCCAUGGUGUCAUCCAGGAAGCAGUUCACAGCUGGGAGCUACGACAUCCUGACAAUCAAGGCCACAGACAACGGGCGUCCCCAGAAGUCGUCCACUGCGCGCCUGCACAUCGAGUGGAUCCGCAAGCCUGUGCCCUCGGCGGUGCCCCUAGUGUUCGACGAGCCCUACUACAACUUCACCGUCAUGGAGCACGACAAGGUGGCAGAGAUCGUGGGCGUGGUCUCCAUGCAGCAGAGCUCCACGCCCCUGUGGUUUGACAUCACUGGUGGCAGGCCUUCCCGGGAGAUGUUCUAUAUCCUACAGGCUGCUUGUGGCAGGAAUUGUUCCACAGAAGCAGGUGGGAACUACGACAGCCUGUUCGACAUCGAGAAAGGAGUGGGCACCAUUGUCAUAGCAAAGCCACUGGACGCAGAGCAGCGGUCCUUCUACAAUAUGACUGUGGAAGUGACAGACGGGACCAACGUCGCCUCUACGCAGGUCUACAUCACCGUGCUGGACAACAACGACAAUGGGCCCGUCUUCUCCCAGCCCACGUACGACGUCACCAUAUCCGAGGACACGCCCGCCGAGACGGAGGUAGUGCAGGUGCUCGCCACCGACCGGGACGAGAAGCACAAGCUGAGCUACUCCAUCCACAGCAGCAUAGACCCGGCCAGCAUGCGCGUGUUCCGCAUCGACCCGGCCACCGGAACCAUCUACACCACCGAGAGGCUGGACCACGAGGCCCGCGCCCAGCACAUCCUCACGGUCAUGGUGAAGGACCAAGAGUUCCCAUAUCGCAGGAACCUGGCACGGGUCUUGGUGGAUGUGGAGGAUGCGAAUGACCAUGCGCCCUACUUCACCAGCCCACUGUAUGAAGGUUCAGUGUAUGAGUCGGCAGCGGUGGGGUCUGCUGUCCUUCAGGUCACCGCAUUGGACAAGGACAAGGGGGAGAAUGCUGAGCUCCUGUAUUCCAUUGAAUCAGGAAACACCGGGAACACGUUCCGGAUUGAACCGGUUUUGGGCAUAAUUUCAGUUGCCCGAGAACUUGACCUCACGACCAUCGGCCAUUACGUCAUCACCUUGAGGGUGAUGGAUAAUGGCUCCCCGCCCCUGGGUGCGACCACCGUGGUGCGGAUCGCUGUCACGCUGUCCGACAACUCAAGCCCCAAGUUCCCUCAGAAGGAGUACCAGGCGGAGGUCAAUGAGAAUGUGGCCUUAGGCACCUCAGUCACCAUGAUCAGUGCUAUGAGUCAGUCCACGCUGAUUUAUGAAAUAAAGCAGGGGAACAGAGAGAGAACAUUCAAAAUAAACCAGUACUCUGGGGUGAUCACUACACAGAAACCUCUGGACUACGAAAACACUGCCGCAUAUGUGCUAAUUGUACAGGCCACAAACAUGGCAGGAAUGUCCUCCAACGUCACUGUCAAUAUCCAGGUAGUGGAUGAGAAUGACAACCCUCCGAUUUUUCAACAGCUACAGUACACUGGGAGCAUCAGUGAAGCCGCUCCAAUCAACAGUGUGGUGCUUAGCGCUGACAACAGCCCCUUAGUCAUAAAAGCUACAGAUGCUGACAGAAACCAGAAUGCCCUCUUAGUCUACCAGAUAGUGGAGGACACAGCCAAAAUGUUUUUCACUGUAGACUCAAGCACAGGAUCCAUAAGAACGAUCGCAAAUCUGGACCACGAAACCUUUGCCAAAUUCAAUUUCCAUGUGCAUGUGAGAGACAGUGGCAAGCCACAGCUGACAGCUGAGAGCCCCACUGAGGUCACAAUCCAAGUGAUCGACACCAACGACUCCCCACCCAAGUUUUCCCAAGAUGCUUACGAAACCAUCCUGCUGCUUCCAACGUAUGUGGGAGUGGAGGUUUUGAAGGUCACCGCCACAGAUCCUGACCUGAACGUUCCAACCGAAUUGACCUACACACUGAUGGACGGCAAUCUGGAGCACUUCACCAUGGAGCCUAACAGUGGCAUCUUGACUGUGAAGAACAACAACUUCUCCAAGGACCGCUUCCGGUUCAACGUGAAGGUCUCCGAUGGGAAAUUCUCCAGCACCACCGUGAUAACCGUGUUGGUCAAAGAGGCCAUGGACAGCGGUCUCUUUUUCACUCACAACCUGUACUCCACCUCCAUCCAGGAGAACAUCACCAACAUCACCAAGGUGGCAGUGGUCAAUGCCGUGGGCAACCGCCUCAACGAGCCCCUCAAGUACAGCCUCCUGAAUGCUGGCACCAGAUUCAAAAUCAAGCCCACCUCUGGGGUGAUUCAGACCACGGGAAUCCCGUUUGAUCGAGAGGAGCAGGAAUUUUACGAGCUAGUGGUGGAGGCGAGCCGGGAGCAUGACCACCUGCGGGUGGCCAGAGUGGUGGUUAAGGUACAGGUGGAGGACAUCAAUGAUAAUGCCCCCGUGUUCGUUGGCCUCCCGUAUUAUGCUGCUGUGCAGGUUGAAGCUGAGCCGGGGUCCCCGAUAUUUCAGGUCACAGCUGUGGACCGGGACAAGGGGAUCAAUGGGGAGGUGUCCUAUUUUUUAAAGGAUGACCACGGGCACUUUGAGAUCAACAGGCUCACCGGUGAACUUCAGUUAAAGAAAGCCUUUGAAUCAGACUUGUCCAAUGUGGAGUACGAGGUGGUGGUUUAUGCUAGAGAUGGGGGAUAUCCACCCCUCUCCACCACUGUAGAGUUUACCAUUACUGUUGUGAACAAAGCCAUGCCUGUUUUUGACAAGUCAUUCUAUACCGUGAUGGUCAAUGAGGAUGUGGCUGUGCACACCCCUAUUCUGGGCAUAAAUGCUACCAGCCCUGAGGGCCAAAACAUCAUAUACACCAUCGUAGAUGGGGACCCCUCCGUGCAGUUUGACAUUGGAUUUGACACUGGAGUAAUAAGUGUCAUUAAUUCAUUAGACUAUGAAAUCAUUCCCUCUUAUAGACUUAUUGUCAGGGCAACAGACUACCUAACAGGGGCAAGAGCAGAGGUAGAUGUGGACAUAACAGUUGUGGAUGUAAAUGAUAAUUCCCCAGUGUUUCAGAAAGCCUUUUACAAAGCCAUUCUGUCCGAAACGUCAAUGAUUGGGACCCCAGCCCUUCAGGUAGUAGCAGAAGACAAGGAUUCAGAAAAGAACAAUGUGGUACGCUAUCAGAUUUUCUCCAGUGUCUACAACAGCACAGACUACUUUCAUAUAGACAGUAGCAGUGGGCUUAUUCUGACAGCACGCAUGCUCGACCACGAGCUGAUACAACAGUACAACUUCAUCGUCCGGGCAACUGAUAAUGGGUUUCCUCCCCUGAGCAGUGAGGUUGCUGUCACCGUCAUUGUGAAUGACAUGAAUGACAACCCUCCGGUGUUCAACCAGCUGCUGUACGAGUCGUAUGUGAGCGAACUUGCGCCAAAAGGGCACUUUGUGACCUGUGUCCAGGCAUCUGAUGCAGACAGCACUGACUUUGACAAGCUGGAGUACAGCAUCCUGUCAGGCAACGAGAGGAUGAACUUUGUCAUGGACAGCAGCACGGGCAUUAUCACCCUGUCCAACCACCGUAAGCAGAGGAUGGAGCCUGUGUACAGCCUCAACGUGUCCGUGUCGGACGGUGUCUUUACCAGCACCGCCCAGGUGCACAUCAGAGUCCUUGGAGCUAACCUCUACAGCCCUGUCUUCAGCCAGAAUGUCUAUGUAGCAGAGGUGAGGGAGAACGCAGCCGUGGGCUCCAAGGUGGUCCAGGUGAAAGCCACUGAUGCAGAUUCAGGGCUGUUUGGCAAGGUCACCUACUCCUUUGUCAAUGACCUGGGUAAGGAUCAGUUCAGUAUUGAUGCCAACGGUCAAAUCUCUACUUUGGAGAAGCUGGACCGGGAGAACCCAGCAAACAAGGACAUCACCCUGACAGUUAUGGCUCUGGAUGGGGGUGGUAGGGCCUCCUAUUGUACCGUCAGAGUGAUUCUGGUGGACGAGAAUGACAACGCGCCCCGCUUCAGAGCAGUGGAGUACAGGGCGAGCGUCAAAUCGGAUGUGGGAAAAGGCUUCCUGGUUACACAGAUUCAGGCCUAUGAUCCAGACGACGGCGCUAAUGCAAAGGUGACCUACUCUCUCUACAGCGAGGCCCACGUCCCUGUGGUGGACAUCCUGGAGAUUGAUCCAGACAACGGAUGGAUGGUCACCAAAGGUAGCUUCAACCAUCUGAAGAGCUCCAUCCUCUCUUUCUUUGUGAAAGCUGUCGAUGGGGGAAUUCCUAUGAAGCAUUCCCUGGUGUCAGUGUACAUCCACGUCCUGUCCCCCGAAAACCCCAUCCCCUCCUUCACACAACCCCAGUACUCUUUCACCGUCCCAGAAGACACUCCCAUUGGGGCAGCCCUGGGCUCCGUCCACCUUGUGCCUGGCCACACCGCUGUCUUCAGCAUCAUCAAUGGGGAGACAGGGGAGAACAAUCAGGAUGCUGUAUUCAUUGUGGAGAAGGAGACAGGCGUCAUCAAGUUGGACAAGCCCCUGGACCAUGAGGUCAUCGAUGCAUUCCAUUUCAAAGUAUCAGCCACCAUAAAACAUCCACGGAUGGACUCUGUGUCAAUCGUGGAUGUGGAGGUUAAAGUGUUGGAUUUGAAUGACAACAAGCCUGCUUUUGAAUCCAGUUCCUAUGAGGCAACAGUCAUGGAGGGGAUGCCUAUUGGAACAAGGAUAAUACAGGUGCGGGCCUUGGACCCCGACUGGGGCGCCAACGGACAGGUGACCUACAGCCUGGCCCUGCCUCCGAACGUGGAACUGGACUGGACUGCCAGCACAUUCACUAUCGACAGCAACACAGGCUGGAUCUCCACCCUCAGGGACUUGGACCACGAGACGUCCCCGACCUACAGUUUCACUGUGGUGGCUUCGGACCUUGGGGAGACCAUCUCCCUGUCGUCCAGCACCACAGUGUCUGUCGUUGUCACGGAUAUCAACGACAACCCGCCCAACUUUGUGGAGGACUACUACAGGGGGACGGUGAGGGAGAGUGACCCGCCGGGCGAAGUGGUGGCAGUGCUGAACACCCGAGAUGACGACAGCUCGGACAUCAACCGUCAAGUCAGUUACCACAUCACAGGAGGGAAUCCGAGAGGAGCAUUUGCACUGGGGCUGGUCCAGGGGGAGUGGAAGAUGUAUGUUAAGAGGCCACUGGACCGGGAGGAACAGGACCUGUACCUCCUCAACAUCACAGCCAGCGACGGGCUCUUCGUCACCAGGGCGGUGGUGGAGGUGACCGUGACAGACACCAAUGACAACAGGCCUGUGUGUGACCAGGCGCUUUAUAUGGCAUCAUUCCCUGAAGACAUUCCCACAAAUAAAGUCAUUUUGACAGUUGGGGCUACGGAUGCAGACAUUGGAUCCAGUGCAGUGGUCCGGUUCUCCCUGUCCGGCCUGGGGUCAGAGGACUUCUACAUGGAUUCAGAUACUGGCGAGCUGAAGACAGCCUCAGUCAUGGAUCGGGAGAAAACACCCAGGUACAAGCUGUUCGCCCAGGCAACAGACGGAGGGGGGCUGUACUGCCGUGCGGAAAUCUCUCUCACCCUCCUGGACGUGAACGACAACCCCCCCGCCUUCUCCGCCCCUCACUACACAGCCAGUGUCUAUGAAGACACUGCCACCAAGGCCCUCUUAACACGCCUGCAGGCCAACGACCCAGACGAAGGUGUCAAUCGCAAGGUGGUCUACUCCCUGGCGGACUCGGCCGACAGCUUCUUCUCCAUCGACAAGUCCUCGGGGAUCGUGGUGCUGGAGAAGCUCCUGGACCGGGAGGUGCAGUCGUCCUACAACAUCACGGUGCGGGCGUCGGACCAGGGCGCGGAGGUCAAGCUGUCCUCACUGGUCAACGUCACCAUCACCGUGCUGGACAUCAACGACAACCCGCCCGUCUUCGAGCGGCGCGACUACUUGGCCACCGUGCCCGAGGACGUGGCGCUGGGGAUGGAGGUUCUGCGCGUCUAUGCUGCCAGCAAAGACAUUGGCACCAACGCUGAGAUCUACUACAGCAUCCGCUCGGGCAACGAGCAGGGGAAGUUUCAGAUUGACCUGGUGACAGGUGCCAUCACAGUCUCCAAGGCACUGGACUUUGAGACGUGUAAGGACUACUUCCUCACUGUGGAGGCCAGGGAUGGGGGGACCCCACCCCUCAGCGCGGUUACCACGGUGAACAUCAACCUGACAGACGUCAACGACAAUGCUCCCAUGUUCAGCCGAGAUGUCUACACCGCUAUCAUCAGCGAAGAUGCCACCAUUGGGGAGUCCGUUGUUAAGCUGAUGGCGGAGGACCUGGAUAGCCAAGUGAACGGGCAAAUCCUCUACUCCAUCGUGAGCGGGGACCGGGAGAACCAGUUCUUCAUUGAUCCAAUCACUGGCCUAAUGAAGGUCAAUAAAGAGCUGGACAGAGAGACGGUGUCCGGCUACUCCCUGGCAGUCAGAGCGCUGGACAGUGGGUCGCCAGCCAUGUCCUCCACGGUGAUGGUCAACAUCGACAUAUCAGACAUCAAUGACAACCCGCCCUCCUUCACCCCGUCCAAUUACACCACUGUCAUCCAGGAAAAUAAACCCGUGGGUACCAGCAUCCUUCAGCUGUCAGUCACGGACAAAGACUCCUCCCACAACGGUCCCCCCUUCGAGUUCCGCAUCCUGUCCGGGAACGAGGGGGGCGAGUUCACACUGGACGACAGCGGCGUGCUCAAGUCCGACCAGGUUUUCAGGCAGGACGUGGCCACAGAAUACGUGGUCCAGAUCGAGGCCAAGGACUCGGGGAAGCCGCGCCUCUCGUCCUCGACCUUUGUCUUCGUGCGCGUCAUCGAGGAGAGCCUCCACAAGCCCGUGGCCUUCCCCCUGGAGAUCUACAUCGUCACCAUGGAGGAUGAGUUCCCGGGCGGCGUCAUCGGCAAGAUCCACGCCACCGACCAGGACGUCUACGACGUGCUCUCCUUCAGCCACAAGUACCAGCAGAAGAGCCUGUUCAAGAUCAGCCGGCAGGACGGCAAGAUCAUCGCGCUGGGCGGCCUGGACACAGGCAAGUACCUGCUGAACGUGACGGUGAGCGACGGGCGCUUCUCGGUGGCGGUGGACGUGAUCGUGCACGUGGAGCAGGCCACAGCUGAGAUGCUCCAGAACGCCGUCACCGUGCGCUUCGAGAGCGUCACGCCCGAGGACUUCGUGGGGCUGCACCUGCGCAGCUUCAAGCGCACGCUGCGCAGCGUGGUGGCCACGCAGAAGCAGGACGCCCUGCACGUGUUGAGCAUCCAGCCCGUCCCCGGCACGGCGCAGCUCGACAUGCUGUUCGCCGUGCAGACGGUGGGCGGCGGCUUCUACAAGGCGGCCUACCUGACGCAGAAGCUCAGCACGUCGCGCCGGCACCUGGAGAACGUCCUGCGCAUCUCGGCCAUCCUGGACAAGAACUGCUCGGGCCUGGAGUGCCAGGAGAAGCUGUGUGAGCAGACCAUCGUGCUGGACUCUCACGCCCUGCUCACCUACAGCACCGCCCGGAUCAGCUUCGUCUCGCCGCGCUUCCACCGGAACACGCGCUGCACUUGCAACGGUGGAAACUGCCCGAGCUCCUCUGAGCUGUGCGAGGACCAGCCCUGCCCAGGGGACAUGCAGUGUGUGGGCACAGGGGGCGCUCAAGGCCCCUAUGCCUGCCAGUGUCCUCCAGGCAAGCUGGGGGAGUGUGCUGGUCACACCUCUCUCAGCUUUGCGGGGAACAGCUACAUUAAGUACAGAGUGUCUGACAGCGGCAAGAGCGGCGAGAUGAAGCUGGGGCUGAGAAUCAGGACUCUGCAGAGUCGUGGCAUUAUCAUGUACACCCGGGCCGACCCCUGCACCAUCCUGAAGAUCGAGGAGGGCAAGCUGUGGUUCCAGCUGGAUUGCGGCAACAGCCCGGGAAUUCUGGGAAUCUCCGGGAGGCCCAUCAACGACGGCAACUGGCACACGGUUUCCUUGGAGCUGAACCGGAACUAUACCAGCCUGUCGCUGGACGACAGCUACGUGGAGCGCCGGCGGGCGCCCGUCCACUUCCAACCCCUGGGGGCGGACGGGUCUAUCUACUUCGGCGCCCAGGUGCAGCCGACUAACUCCCGUAGCCUGACAGACAAGAAGGGCCCGCGGGUGCUGGACGGCUUCCAGGGCUGCCUGGACUCAGUGGUCCUGAACAACAACGAGCUGCCCCUACAGAACAAGCGCAGCCGCUACGCCGAGGUUGUGGGGCUGACCGAGCUGAAGCUGGGCUGCGUGCUCUACCCCGACGCCUGCGAGAAGGCGCCCUGUCAGAACGGCGGCAGCUGUACAAGCCUGCCAUCUGGUGGUUUUGAGUGCAGUUGCAGCUCCCAGUUCACCGGAGGGCGCUGCGAGACAGAGAUUACAGCCUGCGUUCCCAACCCCUGUCAGAAUGGAGGCAUCUGCAAGCCCAUCGGCAACGCCUUCCUCUGCAGCUGCAGAAGGGGAUUCACUGGCCUCACAUGCGAGGAUGACGUGAACGAGUGCGAGCGGGAGGAGUGCGAGAACGGAGGGGUAUGCGUCAACACCUUCGGCGCGUUCUACUGCAACUGUACGGCGGGCUACGUGGGCCAGUUCUGCGGCCUGCGGCCGGUGGUGGUGCCCAACAUGCAGGCCGGCCACUCCUACGUGGGCAAGGAGGAGCUGAUCGGCAUCGCCGUGGUGCUCUUCGUCAUCUUUGUUCUCAUUGUGCUCUUCAUCGCCUUCCGCAAGAAGGUCUUCCACAAGAACUACUCGCGCAACAACAUCACGCUGGUGCAGGACCCGGCCACGGCGGCGCUGCUCAACAAGGCCAACGGGAUCCAGUUCAAGACGCUGCGCGGCGGCGCCGACCCCUGCAACCUGUACGCCGAGGCGGGCGGCCCGCCGCAGGUGCCCGUCCGCCCCAUGGCCUACACGCCCUGCUUCCAGAGUGACUCGCGCAGCAACCUGGACAAGAUGGUGGACGGGCUGGGCGCGGAGCACACGGAGAUGACCACCUUCCACCCGGAGUCGCCCCGAAUCCUCACCACACGCCGGGGUGUGGUCGUCUGCAGCGUGGCGCCCAACCUGCCGCCCGUCUCGCCCUGCCGCUCCGACUGCGACUCCAUCCGCAAGAGCCCCUGGGACAGCGACGAGGGUAAAGUUGUGGACAUGGUGGAGGAGGUGACCUGUUUCUCAGGCAGCAACAAGGGCAGCAACUCCGAGGUGCAGUCCCUCAGCUCCUUCCAAUCAGAUUCCUGCGAUGACAACGCUUCCAUAGUGACCGUCAUUCGACUGGUCAAUGAUGCAGUCGACACAAUUGAAAAUGAAGUGUCAGUUCUGGACCAAGGGCAGAGCUACAACAGAGCGUACCAUUGGGACACGUCCGACUGGAUGCCCAGCUCGCGCCUACCGGACAUCGAAGAGGUGCCCAGUUAUGAGGCCGGCGACAACUCGUCCGCUCGUCUGGGAGGCAGCACGCGGGAACUGGAGACGGACUACUACCUGGGGGGCUAUGACAUCGACAGCGACUUCCCCCCGCCCCAGGAGGAGGAGUUCCUGAGCCAGGACCAGCUGCCCCCGCCCCUCCCCGAGGAAUACCAGGAGCACUACGACACCCUGCCCGCCACCCAGCCUGUCUCCGUGGAGAGCACCCUGAGCGGCAGCGGCCGGGCUCGCCCUCACUUCCACCCCAGCCAGUACCUGCCACCACACCAGUUCCCUGGCGGGGAGGGCCAGUGCGGCGGGGAGGAGUUCAGCACUUUCGGCGUGGGGCCCGGGCGCGACCGGGAGGCAGAGAACCUGGAUAGCAUGUCGCUGACCAUGCGCCUGUCCACCAACGCGUCCUCCUCCGACGUCUCCGCCACCUGCGGCUUCGACGACUCGGAGGCAGGCACCAGCGACUUUGAGAGCGUGGAUGAGCUGCGGUUCGAGGGGUCCCACCCUCCAUUUGUGGAGACCCAGCAGCAGACUCAGGUGUGAGGCCUGCUGGAACUGGACGAGUAACGGUGACAGGGGACGGGCAGGAGAGAGAGAGGCCAUCGCCGGAGUGGGACUCUUGUCAGAGCAGAAAAAAAGGGGAAAAUGAUUGGCGUGAAGAAGCGAAGCAUCUCUCAGUAAUGCAGUCCUCAGAUGGGAGUACAGAGGAGUGGCUCACUCUGAAAGGGCACCCCUUUCUACAUAAAGCCCUGCUAAUUCACUGCCUGCUGAUAGCAAGCCUAUUGUGAUUACGCUGUCAAAGAGAGCACACGCUGAUUCCUGUUUUUUAUUAUUCACAAAUGAUGCUUUUUCUUUCACAAACAAUUGCUUCCUUUUAUUAGGCCUCCUCGUCUCUCUCUCUCUCUCUUACGGACACACACACGGGCACGCACACACACACACACACACACGCACAUAUAAAUGGGUAGGUCCACAAUCA